AUAAAGAAGAAACACUUCUUUAAAUACAAACAAAUUUUGUAUUAAAAUGACAUUUUCGUUUCGACAUAAUAUUCAGAGAAAUGUUCAACCAUAUUCUUCGAUCCUACCGCAAUUAUCGAAACCAAUGCUGCGGGUCUUAAUUCAAGUUUCCGUGCAUUAUAUAGAGACAAAAAAAUCAUGUUCCGAAGUGCUGUCCCUUGCAAAGAGCAAACUGACAAAUGCCGGCCAUGAAGUUCCUGGAGACUUUUGCGAGCUCUUUACUAUAGUGUUUUUGAUGAUGCAAAUAUUUUUGCGCUAUCCAAAAGGAGUGGUAAAGGCUGACGAGCUACGAAAAUGCCUAAUGGUUGAUUUAAGAUUUUCGGAAGAAUGCGUUGAAGAUAUCUGCACAGUUAUUUUCCACCAUCGAGAAAUACUGAGUAAAAAUUACUCGGAUACCAAAUUAGAUCGUGUUAAAAUGUUAAACGUGAAGUGGAGGAUCAACAUUUCUUUGACUUUAAGUACUAUCCAAGAUAAAACGACCGUAGUACUGCACUUCAAGCUCCCGAGUGGAGAUUUUCGAACUCUGGAGUUGCCACUGUCCACGUUUCAACGAUUGCGUUACAGUAUUACUUUAUUACUCAAUGAUCUGCAGCAUUUUCAAAGUCGAUAAAUCUUAAAAUAAUAUAGAAGUCAGGAUUGAAACUUCAGGAAUUGGACCCCCAAAGGUAUACUUAUAUUGUACUCCUACUCCACUAGAUUUGAGUGCCAAUCUAGAUUAAAAGUGCUUAAGAAGUGCUAAAUCCUAAGUGUGUCAACACUUUUGUUUCCCUUAUUUUAGACAUUUUUUUCGUUUAACAUUUUUACUAAAUCUUGCAAUAAAAUUAUGCUUAUUAAACUGAGCCAAUCUUAUAGAAAAUUCAUAUAUUUGUGCCAACACUCAACUCCGACACUGUAUUUGUACAUUUGGGUACGACGCGCACCUGUGAAUAAAAGUACAAUUCCUUGGGAUCCUCUGCUACACCUUGAGCUAGCCAGCAAAUGCAAUUUUAGAAAGGGUUGGCUUAUUUGAGUGCAGUUUGGCCGUUUAUGCGAAGAUUUCACCUUAAAUGUGAAAUGAACUAAUACAAAGAAAAUUUCAGUUGUGGUUCAUAUCAGUUAAAUUAGGUUUGAUAUUUAAUCAAAAAAUACACAUUUUUUGUACCUAUUGUACCUAUUAGAUCAGGCAAAAGUUUUCUACGAAAGCUUGCGGCACAUGGAAAUGUUGGUUGUAUAUUUUCAGAACGCUCCCAUUACGCCUUUAAUGAAAGUAUCACAUUCCGCUUCAUACU